AUGUCGGGAGCUGUGUCCGAGGUUGCGCCGCCCAACGACGGCGUCGUUAAGCUGAACUUCCAGGACAUCAAGCGCUACUACAGCCCCGCCAGCUACGGGCCGAGGGGCCUGCCAGACGACGGUGUCCGCGGCCGCCUCAUCGACGGCAAGGCCAUCUCCGCGGAGGUGCGCAGCAUCAUCCGGGCGGAGCUCGAGGAGGUGAGCGCCGCCCAGGCCGACGGCGGGCGCGCCCCGGGGCUGGUGGUGGUGCUGGUGGGCAACGACGCGGCGAGCAAGGUGUACAUCAAGCAGAAGCAGAAGGCUUGCCAGGAAGUGGGCAUCAAGAGCACCCUGCUGGAGCUGCUCGACGACACCUCGCCUGCGGAGCUGCUCGCGACGAUCAGGGGCCUGAACGAGGACGAGACCUGCGACGGCAUCCUCGUUCAGCUGCCGCUGCCCACCCAGUCGCUGCAGGAGGAGCAGUCGGCCAUCCUCGAGACGAUCCGUGCGGACAAGGACGUGGACGGCUUCCACCCCUUCAACCUCGGCCGCCUCGUCACCCGCGAGCCCAAGCUGAGGCCGUGCACGCCCUUCGGCGUGAUGCACCUGCUGUGGAGCACGGGCGUGAACCCGUACGGCCUGCGCUGCGUCGUCGUGGGCGCGAGCAACCACGUCGGGCGCCCCAUGAUGCUCGAGCUCCUGCUGAACGGCGCCUCGGUGCAGAUCGUGCACAGGUUUACGCAAGACCUUGAGGCCGUGGUUCGUGACGCCGAGUGCCUCAUCGUCGCCUGCGGCAAGCCCGGCUUGGUGAAGGGCGAGUGGAUACGGCAGGGCGCCAUCGUAAUCGACGUGGGCAUCAACAGAUUGGAGAGCGGCAAGCUCGUGGGUGACGUGGACUUCGAGUCCGCGAAGCAGCGCGCGGGCUGGAUCACCCCGGUUCCAGGCGGCGUCGGGCCGAUGACGGUGGCGAUGUUGUUGCGCAAUACGGUCACGGCGUACCGUUCCCACACGAAUCGGGGCGUCUCUGGAGGCGCCUGA